AUGCCUGCGAUAGCGCCGAUAAAAGGAAGUGCAUGCUUUUGGAGCUGCUGUUGGUGCAGGGAUUACUCUGGUAACUAUACCAGUACUGGAAUGACAAUAGCAACUAUCAACUGUCCCGGAUGCGGCCAUCUUCGAUGCAAUGAGUGCCAAGCUGAGUGGAUCAAAAAACAUUCAUCAAGUCCAACUUCACAACGUGAAGAUACAUCUUCAUCAGAUUCCACCUCAAAUACCAGAUCUACGAGGGCUGCAGGAUCUAGAGCCCGGGAUGGAGGCAAUAGCAGAGGGAGGCAAAGUGGGAGCGGAGAUAAAGGUGGUCAAAACCCGCAGUCAGAUGUCGUCCUAGAGUCUACGAUCGAUUCAACAAUCAAUGCGGCAUUGUUGCAAGCCGCUCAGAUAUCUGGUUCGGCUAAGCUCAGCCCAGGCUGGAUCCCUCAAAACACCGACGCAUCUAAGCGGCAAGAGGGAAAAGCUAGGAAUCUCGAUACUUAUCAUCAUAAUGUGAACAUGGUUGAUACUCCCAAGAAAAUCGCUAAAAGUCCCCGGAACUCGCAAAGCCCUUGGGGUACACCAGCAUUCUCCGAAUGUGCACUCGACCUCUUCAUCGAGGACCCCAAUGUCUAUUCUGAACAUAUCACUCUCCUUGAACACAGAAUACUUCAGCUAGGACAAAACACCUUCGAGAACAUAGAAGGAGAUAACGAGAGUGAGCGAUACGUAUUGUAUUUGCGAAAGUUAGGUCAUGAAACGGAAGCCUCCACGCCUUUUAGCCCAACUUCUGAUCAACAGCUCAGAAUAAAUGACUACAUCCAGCUUCAGGCGUCAAUGAGUGUAGAAACGUUAUCUUCAAUAAUAAAAGGAACGCAAUUGCUACAGGAUGAAGGAUUCUGCAACAGCUCCACGUAUAAUAUUAUUGUGGCAGAUAAAGAUCGUCCAAAAGUUCUCAAUGUUCGACCGAUUAGUAUGCCCAGCUUAUCACUACUGCUCGACCUUCUCCAUGAGGUGCAAGAACUCAUACAGAAAAAAGACAAUCAGCAACGAGAUUCGGUUUUAGAGGAUGUAGCAGAGAUAUCACUGCACAUUGUUGAGAGUCUUGGCCUAGGUAUUCCUCAAACUGUGUUAGCUGCGGAUAAGCACAAUAUAGAACGACAGCAAGACAUUUGUCAUUUAUUGAGUUCCAUUCUAAGCGUUGUACAUAUCGCAUUACUAUCAUUCGUCAGGUCGCAUCUUGAUAACUCUGGGUACACGCCGAGCGGGUCAUUAAGUGACGGGUUACACAUCGAAUUUCCUGGAGGUACAUUGUUCUUGACAGCCCGGCGAUUGAAGUGCCUAAAUGGUCUCCUCAAGCAGCCAGUUUGGGCAGUGGGCUUUAUUCCCAACGAUUCGAAGUUAUCAAAAGUUGAAUGCGAUGGGUUUUAUCUUUCUUCAUCUAUAGAUCAUCUUGCAGAGCUAUGGGGUCCCCUGAGACUUGAUAGUACCGGGCCGUCGACUGCUUCGUCGAUUGAGACUCAUGGCGGUAGAAUCCUGAGCGCCGAACAUCACACAUGUUCAGUUCAACCACUGGAUUCUGAGGUGCUCUGUCAUUGGUCUAGUUGGAUGGAGACGAACUCACUUGAAAACACAACUCCCAUCGACACAGCUAAACUCCUCUUGAUUGGCGUAAGAGACCUUCCACAAGCUGCCAGAAGACGUCCUCGCCAUGGCGAAUUUGAGCUUGCUACCCGCCCUCCCAGUUGGAAGCUGAACGAAAGAACCGUGCAGGCUUCCGGUGGCCAAUACUUGAAUAUUACCUUGGGAUUCACGUACAAGUUUGAUGCAGGCUGGACUUUGAAAGAUGUGAUACUUGAAGACUGGGUCGACGCUGGCAAAACGGAUGUAUCACAUAUGCCCAAUCCAUAUUUAAUGGAUUGUCUUGUCGUCUUGAACUUUAGUUGCUGUGCUGGGCAUGCUAGAAGGAUUAGCUUGUGGGCACUCCUUAAAGAUCCUGCUAUUAAACAGUUUCUCUAUCAGGAACACGCGAAUGGAAUGACCGAGUUUGGGGACAUCACGAGCAUGUAUGGUGGUUUAGUUUCUGCUAGUUCGUUAUCCUCAAUUUGGACAACGAUCCCGUUCGCCCAGAAACAGCUUCUGAUAUCUAUCUUCAAAGCGAUAUUAAAGAUACUAAAAUUCACGGGGAUUAGAGACGAUAAACAGUUACAAGCAUGGGAUGCUACUGCUCGAAAUCGUAUAGAUGGUAGGAGACUUGAUCCUCAGUGGUCAUCUUUCGUCAAGGAUGAUAGUAACUCUGCUACGUUCGCUGUUAUCACAAGGAACAGCACAAGAUACAGUCAAAGUAAUGAUCAAGCAUUGACAGAUACCGUUCUUCAAAGCCAACUGUGCGUCACAGCAGCACAGAAAAUAAAUAAGAGUCUCGUGGCUUCCGAAAAAGAUCCAGAAACGCAAGAAUAUCAGUCAAGCUCGUCGGCUACAUCUCAACCGAUGGAUGUUCAACCUCGUCAAUCGGCAGGCAGAUAUCAAGCCAUGGAUACUGACUCCCAACAGCCACCUCCUGCGGUCCAAAAUGAUGCAGAAAAGACAUUGCUGGCGCGUAUAAGAAAUAACCAGAGGGGAAGACAGAUAGAAUCUGAUGUGGCAUCACAAUCAUCUUUCACUGGAAGUGAUCCAUUCCCAUCCCGAAAACGUCUAAAAUCUGGAUCCUACAAUAUUUCACUCUCAGCCAUAAAGCAUCCCCCCAUUCUCCCUAUACGCAACGGUUUAGGCCAAAAAAUUGGAAAAAUAUUCUUGGAACCAGCGAUUCCUAUCGAUCUCACUUUGCUCACCCGCAAAAACCACCCUGCAAGCCAAAUGGGAAGAACUUUCCCGAAUGAAUUUAAUUGA